AUGCGAUGGGAGUCCGCAGUCGGGAACGACUUCAGCGCGGAGGCAGACAAUUUUUUCGAGAGGCGCUGGAGCUACAUCACAUACCAUUUACCUUUGACUUUGACGCUAGCGUACAACAAGGGUGGUCAGUUCCAGCAGGACCAAGAGGAGACCCUGCAGUUGGAUCGCGAUGCCUUCAUGCUGGCUCUGAGGACAGGGAAGUUAAACCUGCGCCCUCACAUGCGCGCCCGGUCUGUGACUUCGAGGGCUCGGACUUGGAAGACCUUUGUGACCGCGCGCGGUUGCGCCUUCCUCUUCGGCAUUGCCCCUACUUCCCUGAUGACAGAGACCGACGCGGGUCGGUCUGCCGCGGAAGGCGCGGCGACUCCACCCUGGUUCAAGGAGAGCGCCAAGCGCAGGGGCGAGGACAACGCAGGGGGCACAGUGCAAAAACAUCACCUCGGCGGCGGAAAGGGCGGCGGCGACGGGACCAACCAGAAAAGCCGCGGCAGCGCCAAGAGCGACGCGGCGCACAGGCGGCCCACGCUCAGCUCGGCAGGGGAAGUGGCCGACGUGAAGGGCGCUCUGUGCCUCGAUCUCGAGCUCCCAGACGCAGCCAGGGGGCCCUCGAAGGCGCGCGAAGGCGCAGGCGUCACGCACAACAAGCAGCCCCUUGAGAUGAAGGAGUGGGCAAGACCUUCUCGGAAGUCGGACAAGGGCAAGGCGGUGCUCCGCGACGAGAUGAAGGCGUCAUACUUGCAGCACAUUUGCAAUGCAGACAUGGGGUGCGACGCGCCGAAGGCUCUGUUGAGCGUGCAGCUUCAUCGGGGCCAGCAGAUCGGCAACAUCCUGGCGAAGCAGAUGGAGAGGCUCAUCCUAUUCGAACAAGGCGAGUUCAUCCCAGGAGCGGCUCCGAGGGGCCCCCUGGAGAGGGUGCUGGGCACGGAGCUGCUCGGGCUGGCGCUCUGCGCGAAAUUCAGUUCAGGCCUCGGUCUCGGGAAGAUAUCUUUUCAGGGGAUGCUGCCCGCGCAGCUGCCCGGCUCCGUGGCGGCAUGCGAGGAGCCCAAGCUGGUCGGGGUGGGCCGGGACUCCCCGUCGUCCAGUUCCAAGGCCGCCGCGCCGAUGACGUCGACGUCGCUGACCUGCAUCCCAGAGGCGAAGCUGCACAUCAGCAACUUCUUCAGGGUGGUCCUUGCUGGCAGCGGCUCCUCCGACGUCGCCGAUGCCGUCUGCGGCUCGCAGCUCAGC